CCUAACAAUUAAGGCAAAAUAGUUGCAGCAUUUCUCUUAUGUAAGAUGGUCUCAUUAUCAAAUUUCAUCGCAUAUGUCGGCCGGUAAAUAUUAAAGGUAGGCAAAAUAAAGUUCAAAAACGACUAGUUUCCGUGAAAUUCAACGAAUCAAAUCUUUAAGCAGAUGACAACAACACUGUCCAAUUAUUUUGAGAAAACUGGCUCCAUUUUGAUGGCUUGAAACACAAGAAAAUUAAAACUACUUUCAAAUCUACGCGGGAGGAAUAGUAAGCAUGAUCCAAUUUCAACACAUCAUUAUUAAUUCGUGUUGACGUAUUUUUUCUUGUUUCUUACUACGGGAAUUUUUGUUUGCUUGCGCGGAUUUUGGUUACUACAAAUCUGUAGCUUUUUUUAUAUUACAUCAUAUUUUCUAAAAUUUUGUAUUUUCUUUAUGUCAAAAAAACAAUUAGCUCAUGACGUAAAUUCAUAUGAUAUUUUUAUCUAUUAUUGAUGAGAGAUAAAUACAAAGUUUUAUUUUGUUUUCAUAAACAUUUUGAUGAUUGGAUUAUAAAAAUAUUACUAUAUAUUUUAUUUUUGAAACCUAUAUAUUGCUUUUAGCCAUUAUUUAUCCUUCAAAAAUUUAUUUUCCUAAAACAUGCAGAAUUUUCUUCUAACGUUAGAUACAAGCUCUCUAUAAAAGGCUACGAAAAUAUUUCUUUUAGCAUCUACCCACAAAUUCCUUUAGCCUUCUUAUCACUCGGUUUAACAAAAAGAGACCAAAAAUGGGUCUAAGCAAUACUAUUGCCUUGCUUUUGAUCUCGAAUUUGAUGUUUGGGGUUUUGGGUAAUGCUCAGCUUACCUCUGAUUUUUACUCCACGACCUGCCCUAAUGUCACAGUCAUUGCUCGGGGCCUGUUGGAGCAAGCAAGCCGCAGCGACGUUAGACUCACUGCUCAAGUCAUGCGCCUUCACUUUCACGACUGUUUCGUGAACGGGUGCGAUGGUUCGGUACUAUUGGAUGCUGCUCUGGCGGAUGGAGUAGAGGGUGAAAAGGAAGCUUUCCAAAACGCUGGUUCUCUUGGCGGUUUCGAGGUGAUCGAUGAAAUCAAAACCGCUCUCGAGAAUGUUUGCCCUGGAGUUGUCUCUUGUGCCGAUAUCCUUGCUAUCACAGCUGAAAUAUCUGUCUCACUGGCGGGAGGACCGUCAUGGGACGUAUUGUUAGGAAGGAGAGAUGGUCGGACAGCAAACCGUGACGACGCCGUGGCUGCACUUCCACUAGGACCUGACUCUCUCGAUAUCCUUACCACUAAGUUCUCCGAACAUAAUCUCGACACUACCGAUCUGGUCGCUUUAUCUGGUGCUCAUACCUUCGGGAGGGUUCAGUGUGCAGCGAUAACCAAUCGUGUGAACAAUUUUGAUGGUAUCAACGGACAGUCGGACCCGAGUGUUGAACCGGCAUUCUUGCAAACGUUGCGACGACAAUGCCCGCGAGGCGGAAGUCCCACCGCCUUAGUAAAUCUUGAUCCUACGAGCCCUGACUCAUUUGAUAACGACUAUUUCAAGAACCUUCAAAACAACCGUGGAGUACUUGAAUCAGAUCAAAUCUUGUUUUCCUCAAGAGGAGCUCCCACUGUACCUUUGGUGAAUCGUUUCGCAGAGAACCAAAGUGAGUUCUUUAGAAUUUUUGCUAGAUCGAUGAUCAAGAUGGGAAACGUAAAGACUCUCACGGGUACUGAAGGUGAGAUUCGUAGAGACUGCAGACGGGUCAACUAAUUUUAUUUGUAUCAUUGCAUCUUGAAGUGACCAAAUAUUAUUUGUUGUUAUACAUGGAAUAAGUGGUAGCAAAUUUGUGCUUUUCCACAACUUUUUUUUCCGUUGGAUUUUGUUUUACUAGUCGAGAAAGACUUGGAUGAACCCAAGUUUUUCUCUUACUAUUCAGGCUAAGCAUGCCAUUGUUAUUAUUAUUUUUUAAAAUCAUAUAUGUACACAUAUGAGAAGAGCUUUACGCUCUUUCUAUUAGCCUACAUAUUGUCUUCUAUUUA